AGGGGUUCAAGUUUUGAAGGCGUUUGCUAUAUAUAAUUGCUCUGCAUUAUUAUAAAGCGUUUUCAGGAAGUUAAAUGCUCUCAUUUUUUUUCCCUCCAGCUCUGUGUGUACACUUGAGAUGCUUAGAUUCAUCCCAUGUAAAAUAAACCGAGCAGAGACACUGAGUCGUCCCACUGGGCAGGCCUCCUUCCUGGAGGGGCGCCCUGUUCUCCUCCGUGCACGUGGGCUCAGCCUUCCUCCCGGACUCCCAGGCUUAGGGAUGCUUUUAUCCCUGACGAUGUAGCAGGGGGACACAUGGCACCCAGGCACUGACCCUCAGGCAUCAUGCUGCCACACCCAUAGCCCCCGGCUCUGGCCCCUGUCCGCUCCCUUGGAGACUUUUGUACCCAUGGACAGAAGGCUCCUGGCUAUUGCCUCUUUUCUCAUCCAUCCAUCCGUGCAAUUAUUAAGCACCACUGUGUGCCAGACACUGCUCUAGGUACUGGGAACACAUCGGUGGUGGAAACAGACCGAGAACCUUGACCUCAUGGAAUGUCCUUUCCAGCAGAAAGAGACAGACGGAGGGAAGCGUGCGGCAUGGGUGGAGGAGAUACCAGGAGUUCUGGGGAAAGACGAACAGCAGAGUGAGGGGGGUGGUACCUUCAGGGUGAGGAUGGGUUUGCUGCCAGCUGAAACACGGCGGUGGGGGUGGCCUCACUGAGAAGGCGGCAUCUGACCAACGUCAGGGAGACCUGGGAGGGAGCCUGGCAGGUAACCGCGGGGAAUGCUGCGGACAGAGAAGGUGGCCCAGUUAAAGGGCAGAGGUGCUUGCUUGUUUAAAGCUGGUGUGGCAGAUCGGGGGUUGGUCUGCAGAGCUGCUCAGGCCUUGGAAGGCCCGUGACUUCUACUCUAGGGGGUCCAAGCCAGGACAGUGCCAUCUGACUUCCUUGCUGUCGGGGCUUCCUGUAGGACAGGGAACAAGGGCAGCCAGAACACAGGGUGAGGGGACGGUGCCUGCAGGGUGGGGUGCGGUGGGGUGGUCAGUUUCUGGAUGUGCUUUGCGGGUGGAGCCAACGCCGUUUUGAGCCAGACCGGAGUGGGGUGUGACAGAAAGAGAGGCGCCGGGGAUGCCUCUGAGGAUUUGGGUCCAAGCAACCAAAAAGAUGGAUUGCUGUUCACUGCAAUGGGAACGGCUAUGUCUUCUCUGCCUCCCCCACCCCCGACCUCCACUUCCAGGCUGGGGGAGGUGGGGGGGGAGGGUCCUCCUGUCUCCCAGCUCACAGCAGGGGGAGGGAGAGGAAUGGGCUGGGGGCUGGGGGGCUUCCAACUUGGAAUGCGACAGGCCAGCCUCUGAGAAGAGUUUGCUCCUUCUGUCAAGGCCAGGCUGGGAGGGAGAGACACAGACAGACUCACAGGCCAGCCAGAGAUGGGACCUUCCCCCCAGUGGUCUUGGGGGUUUGAGGACAGUUUAUGGCCCCAGCUCAGACUUAACAAAUCCGUUCACAAUACAUCAUCUCCAGCGACUUGUUUGGCUACGGAGCAUAAACUCUCUCUCUGAUCGAAGAUGUUUAUGCAGGUUUUCAAACAAACCUCCAGGUCAUGACCCCUCUCUCAGCAGCACCAACACAGCUGCCUGUGUCCCCUCCCACGGCCGGGCCCCUCCUGGGCACAGCAGCCUGAGGAAGGUGGAUGGUACCUGGGCUGGCUCCGCCCUCCUUGCCCUUGGGAAGGGGCCGGCUGCCUUCUGCGUGAACCCUGGGAGCCCCUCUCCUUGCUGCCUCUCCCAUUGUCACAGCAACCCAGCGCCUCCUCCGGACACACAGCUUCUUGCUCGCUCUGAGAAAGGCAACGGCUGUAAGGGCCCUGGCUUCCUCCUGGCUCUGCCAUUUAGCAGGCAGAUGGGUGAGGUCAUUUUGGAGCCUGGUUUCUCCCUGUGACACGGGCCUCGCCUCACCUGCAGGCUGGGAGUGGACAUGCAGAAGGCACUUCCAGUUACCUCCCAUGCCAGGUCUGGACACAAGGGUGGCAACGUCUGGCCUCACUUUCACAGCCUGGGGUGGGUGGGUUGGUGGGUGGGUUGGUUGGUUGGUUGGUUGUUGAGUUCAUGACUAUCCUAUUUCUAACUGCUCUUGAGAACAAAUGCCUUUUGCUGCAGGAUUGUAAAUGUCGAGAAAAAGAGAAAGCGCUUCUUUUAAGAAAUAACACGCUCUCACAAGCAGAUGGGGAGAAACAUUACCACCCCUGGACAAAGAGGAGACGGCUCUCCCAUCCAAGAUGGCCAUUCUGGGGUUCCAGGCCACACGUGCAGCCGAGCCAAGGCACUGCCGACCUCUCCUCUGAGUGAUGAGAAUUCAGGUACCAACCCACUCACUGGGGUUCUUCCCUGGCACCUGCCCUGGCGACUGAGCUGACCCCAGGGAUGGGAGCCCUCCCUGGCUGAGCCCCGGCCUCCUACCGGUCCAUUCACUCACCCAGCAGGCAUUUACUGGUUGCAGGUCCCGGCACCAGGCUUGGUUGCCAACUGAGGACCUGCAGGCCGAAAUCAGGCCACAGAGAGGCUGUAUCUGACCCACACCAUGUUUCUGAAAGCUUUUCCAUCACUCACUCGCAAAGUUAAAAAGUUUGAAAAUUGCAUCUAGAAAUCUGACUUCUGGAUUUCUCUUAGAUUACCCAAAAAAGCUAGUCACACUGGGCCACAAUCCCGCCUGACUGCGUGCACUUGGAGUCGAACAUGGGCAGCCCCUGCUGUGUGUGACGCAGGCCUCACCGCUCCCCGCCGCCUUCCUAAUCCACCCUCUGCCCUCACAGUCCCCCUUGCUGGCCCUGUAGGCGUGUAGCUUUGGAUCCCCGCUGUGGAGGAAGAAUGGCACCACCACCUUGUGUUCAGCUCUCCGCAUGUGCCAGGCUGUACUCGCAGCGUGUUGCACAAACGAACUCAUCUCAGCCCCACAGUAACAGUGCGGGAGACCCUACCAUCAUGCCCAUUCACUCAAGGCAUAGGCACUGAGGGCCCAAACCUGCCAGGUACCCUCCUGGCAAUGGAGAUGCAGCGGGGAGCAAGACAGAAUCCCUGUCUUGAUGGAGCUUCCAUGCCGGUGAGACAGCUGACAGCAGGCAGAGUAAGUAAACAGGUCAGAAGGUGCCCGUACGAGGGAGAACACUGAGCAGGAGGAAGAGUUUGGGGCGCUGCUGGUUGGCCUCGGGGGUGCUAGUGUGAAGAGCGUCAGUGUCGGCCUUGCUGGGAAGGUGAUGCUUAAGGAAAGCCGUGAAGGCGGUGAAAGGUGAGAGGAGCAAACGGGGCAGAGAGAGGUUGAGAAACGUGCCUGAGGUUGCACAGCUAGUAAACUGCAAAGCUGGGAUCUGAACCUGGGCUGGUUCCAGAGCCUGGUUCUUAAGCCCUGAAUUACAGGCCAUCCCUGCGGCCCAGACCCUCAGAGGGAGGGCAUUAGACAGGCAGGGAACACAGCUGCCAUUAGUGGGCAAGAGCUGGGGGUGGGUUGUGCCACGGAUGGACGGGGCGGCGGGAAAGGCCACAGCCUAAGGCUUCUGCCCUGAAGAUUCUGAUCUCCUGUCCUGUCCUGUCCUCCCAGGAGGCCAGGAUGGACUGACCCCCUGCUGGCAGCUCUUUAAUCUCAGGAGGCUUCUGGGAGCUUGCCUCCACCUUCAAGCUCCAGGCCCCUCCUCCUUGCAAGCACUGGGGUGAAGCAGCCACAAAUCCUCCUAAUCUGCCAGCAUCUCAGGGUCCGACCAUCUCGGGUGGCACCCAGCCUGGCAGCGGGGAGGCCCCAUCGCUCCCACCCACCCAGCCGCGACUGCCCACCCGGGCCCACGCCGCCUCACCCAUGGGGAACAGCAAGAGCGGGUCCCUGUCCAAGGAGAUCCUGGAGGAGCUGCAGCUCAACACCAAAUUCACGGAGGAGGAGCUGAGUGCCUGGUACCAGUCCUUCCUGAAGGAGUGCCCCAGCGGCCGCAUCACCCGCCAGGAGUUCCAGACCAUCUAUGCCAAGUUCUUCCCCGAGGCCGACCCCAAGGCCUACGCCCAGCACGUGUUCCGCAGCUUCGAUGCCAACAGCGACGGCACCCUGGACUUCAAGGAGUACGUCAUCGCCCUGCACAUGACCAGCGCGGGCAAGUCCAGCCAGAAGCUGGAGUGGGCUUUCUCCCUCUACGAUGUGGACGGCAACGGGACCAUCAGCAAGAACGAAGUGCUCGAGAUCAUCACGGCGAUUUUCAAAAUGACCAGUCCUGAGGACACGAAGCAGCUCCCCGAUGAUGAAAACACCCCGGAGAAGCGAGCUGAGAAGAUCUGGGGCUUCUUUGGGAAGAAGGACGAUGAUAAACUUACAGAGAAAGAGUUCAUCGAGGGGACCAUGGCCAAUAAGGAGAUUCUGCGACUGAUCCAAUUUGAGCCUCAAAAAGUGAAGGAGAAGCUGAAGGAAAAGAAACCCUGAUGUCAGCUACUCGGGUCUCCCCCGUCCCCUCACACACACACACACACACACACACACACACACACGUGUGCCCACAGGCGCCCACCCCGCCCCCCGGGGCUGGAAGACCGCCCCCCCCCCCCACGGCACAUUAACCUGCAGCACAGCUCCCCGCCAAGCGGAAGUGUCUUUAGCAAGUCAGCUUGUCCUUCCUCUAGUCCUGCCCACUACACCUGCCUGCCCCCCCCCACCCCCCGCCAGCCCAGGCCUCAGAAAUAAUCCCAGGAUUAGGUCACAAGAGUCCCAGAUAUCGCCCCCUCCCCUCCCCGGCCCAUGUAAGCUCCUUUGCGGACUGCUGGGUAAGCAGGUUCCAAUAAAUGCACGAGGAGCUGGGCACA